CAGGGCCCAGCCGCUGAACCAGGGCGGUAGCCGCGAGGGGAGAACGAGCCAGCGAGCGGGCGCGGAGGAGCCGGGGUUGGGCCGCGCCACUGUCUGUCCGCGGGCGGCCGGGAUGGAUCACCACCAGCCCGCCAGCCGCUACCAAGUGCUUCACAAUGAAGAUGAUCCUCCAGAGUCAACUGUUGAGGAGCCAUCCACUUCUACAGAGACUGCACAAAAUUCUCAGCCAGCAGCUUUAUCUGAAGCAGAUGUUUCUCCUCCACCUUAUUGUAGUAUUGCUGUAGAAGCAGCUGCAACCUCAGAAACAGAAACACAUAAUGAAUUUUACCCUGUACCACCUCCAUAUAGUGUAGCUACCUCUCUUCCUACUUACGAUGAAGCAGAGAAAGCCAAAGCUGCAGCAAUGGCAGCUGCUGCAGCAGAAGCUGCCCAAAGACACGGCCAGUUUAGGGAGUCUAGGAGUCUGUUUGAUGAAAUAUUCCUCAGUCCACCAGAGGAAGAAGAAUAUCCACCUCGGGAUGACUUCAGUGAUGCAGAUCAACUUAGAGUUGGCAAUGAUGGCAUCUUCAUGUUGGCAUUUUUCAUGGCAUUUAUUUUCAACUGGAUUGGAUUUUGUUUAUCCUUCUGUAUAACUAACACCAUAGCAGGAAGGUAUGGUGCAAUCUGUGGAUUUGGCCUAUCGCUGAUCAAAUGGAUUCUCAUUGUACGGUUCUCAGACUACUUUACUGGAUAUUUCAAUGGACAGUACUGGCUUUGGUGGAUAUUUCUUGUACUUGGUCUCCUCCUGUUCUUCCGAGGGUUUGUCAAUUACCUUAAAGUCAGAAACAUGUCUGAAAGCAUGGCAGCUGCUCAUAGAACAAGAUUUUUCUUCUUGUAUUAGAGACUGCAUCAACCAGACAUUCCUUUCCUUUACCAAUGUGAAAUUUCCAGAUGAUCGGUAGCCCUCCAAGUUAAUAGGAUAGAAGACUACUAAAAACAGAAGACAAAUUUGUGAAGAAAAGAUACAGCUUCUAAAAUGAAUGACAGGGUGGUUUUUGCUUAAGUGCCAGUUCUGUUCAUUCUAGUAAAUAUUUAUAUUAAGUAUUGCCUUUGUUUUUGCACAUUUGCAUAUGUGCUAACUAAAGGAUAGGAUUGACAUGAGAACAAACCAUACAUACAGUCUGAUGAUAGAGCUUAAGUACAGUCAGACUUGGUUAAUCUGUGCUUGUUGUUUGUGAAAGAUUUAAGUGGCGGUUUGUCUCAUAGCAUGUAUGUACCAUUGUCUUGUUGAUCUGAAGUUAAAUUGGGAGUAAAAAUGGGAUAUACUAAAUGAUUCAGAUUAACCAGGUCAGACUUGUAGUUAGUUUUUUAUGUAAUUUAGGUUCAUCUAAUGAUUGUGCAACAUACAACCUUUUUGUUAUAAAGUUUACUAAAACCUGCAGCUCCUGAUUAUUAUAAACCUGUAUCGAUCAGCUUUUAUCAAACUCUGACCAAAAUAUCAAUUGAUUUAAAAAUGAAAUACCCCUUCUAGCUCCUGUGUAAAUAACUAUGCCUAGAUUACUGUUUAGAUUGCUUCUUAGGAAUUAUGUCAAAAUAUAUUUGUAACCACAGUAUUUUCUCAUUCACUGUAAAUUUUGUUUAAUCUUAUAUGGACAAUAUAUAUACACACUAUUUUUUGCUAAUUUGGAUGUUAAAGUAUAAUUUUAUUUUGGGUAUAAUUCUAAAAGAGGGCAAAAGCUUUUAAAUGUCCAUCUGAACAAUUUAGUUUCCUCACAGUAUGAUUUGAAUAACUAAUUUGGGCCUGGUCCUGAAAACCCUUACUCACAUGGAAAGUCCCAUUAAAAGGGAUGGUGCUACUUUCACAAGCAAGCAUUGGGCCAUCAGGCCCUGAUCCUGCAACUGGAUCAGUGUAUUGGGCCUCUGCUUCUGCACAGGGGCAAUUGCAGAUCAGUUACUUGGUUUGUAACAUUGAUCAUCUUACUUAAGAAGGUUGGUGUUAUAUAAAGGCAAUCUGUUUUAUUUAAAUUUCUCAAAAGGGCUUUUAUAGCUGUCUUAUCAUGCUUGUUUAGAAUAAAUACUCCAGUGUUACAUAAGAAUGAAGCUGAUGAGUACAUUUUUGUCACUUUGGAAAUAACAUUUUUUUUCUUCAUAGGUGUUUUUAUUUAAGACUCUACUAGCAAAAAUAGGAACAGUGGGCUCUUGAUAGUAUUUACUUAAAAUAGCGGUAUUACUCUAAAAUAUAUCAUCUCUAGAAGGGUGCGUUCUCCUGUUCAUACACAUACAUAACUCCCAAUAAUGUCUGUGAGACUUAUGAUUCUGACACAAUGGGAGAAUAGACCUCUUAAUUCUUUACUACAACUGGAAUCUCAGUUGCAGCCAGUAAUCAAUAUAUUUUGCAUCUUUGAAAAACAUUUAUUUUCUUUCUGUUUUUUUAUUGGAACUUUGCUUUAAUGCUAACAUUAAAAGAAUGAGAUUUAUGUUGUCUUAAGUUAGUGCUAUAUUCAAUUUUGUAUCUAUACUGAAUGUUUUAAAAAAUGCAUAUGUAAACUGGUCACAUUGUUCAUUAUUCUUAAUCUUUCAAAACUACAUAAAAAGUAAAUGAUCAUGGACUAACACUUCAGGGUAAAACUCCUCUUUCCAGUCUUUCCUGAAAAAAAAUAAAAUUCAUUAUGUUUAAUAGUU